UAAUUAAAUACAGAUUGGAUUUACUAAAGGCACGAUUGUGGACUAGUUUACAACAAGAAAUCAGUCUGUCAGUGCGACAAGUUUAUAGUAGCUAUAACAUCGCAUUGUAGCUGACGUGUUGUGUUUAUUGCCGGGAAAAAUAUCGCAAAAUGGAUCAGAUUAUUGGAAAGAAGUACAAGUUGACAACGUCGGAUAAUUUUGACGAAUAUUUGAAAUAUAUCGGGGUUGGAUUCAUAUCACGAAAAGCAGCGAAUUCCGUGUCACCAAUUUGUGUAGUGACACAAAAUGACGACGGUUCGUAUACACUAGCUAUGAUGACUACAUUAAGAAACAUCUACACAACUUUUAAAUUGGAUGAAGAGUUCGAAGAAGAAAGAGCGGAUGGUACCAAGGUUAAGUCAACAAUCGUAUUUGAAGGCAAUAAAUUAAUACAAACUCAAAUAGAACCUAAUGGAAGAAAAUCAAUACACGUGCGGGAAUUCGCACCGAAAACUUUAACAGUGACAUCCACUGCAGAAGGAUGGAACGGACAAUGCGUUAGAGUGUACGAACUUGUUGAAUAAUUUAAUAUUUAUUUGUUUCGUUAGAAUAUUAUAACAUUUUCAUUAAGUUAUCUUAAGUGUGGAGUAGG